UGCAGUGGCAAAAUUUCAAAGACACGGGUCUCAGUGAUUCGAUGGUCAUCUCGACGCCGUUCGGUCUCUCGUACAGUCUGCCUAUCAGUGAGCGCCGAGGCAUCGUGCACCUCGACUACCAGACGUCCCAUCGCAUGUAUUGGGGACUCGCGAGCGACCUCUGGGCCGUGAGCAAUAAUGCGACCUGCGCCGGUGGCUUGUCGCUCUUGCGCAACAGUCCCCACUUUGCCUUUGCGAAUGCGACACGCGCGAGUUUGCUCUUUGAGAACCUGACGCUCUCGUCGCCGCUGAACGCUGGUUUGGCACUCUAUGACACAUCUCUGGGCCCAUUUGGCGCUGUCGACAUGGUGUACGUAAGCUGUCCAGCGUCGCUGCUUGCGCUCUACCGCUACGUUCUGCACACGAUCGCGACUGCAACUAGCACCAACCUUGAAGCACAGGCGCACUUCCUUAAUCUGCCGGCAAAGACAUACAUUGGUCAGCUGCCACAGGCUCUCCUCAAUGAUGCAAGUGUGCGCCUCGUGGGGGGUAACCUCAUGUGCGGCAGUGACCUGCCGGAAACCACGCCUUCCAACGCCUUAUUUGCUCUCUUUUCGAUCGAUACGGUGUGUGGCUGGGGGUACCGGGACUUCUUUACCCCAUCUAGGACCGGUCUUGUCUUUGCCCUCGCGGGCUUUGACGCCGUCCAUCGACUUCAGCCAAAGCUCGACUUCGCCGCUUUUUGUGCGAGUGAUCUAUACGCCGAGCCCAACUGCGAGGCCAUCUACAGCGCGUCCUACACCUACGUAACAACCUACUUUCCAGAUACAGCAACGCUCCAAGCAUUGGCAGUUGCAGCCGAGACCGACACCCGAUCUCUCUCGAUUGAAAUGACCCAGUACAUCGACCGCAGCGGCGCUAUCGAGCUGUACCGAAUCAAUAUUCUGGAUCCGACCGACCGCCCCUGGACGUUCUUUGGCUGGAACUAUCUGGCCGAGUGGGUUGUCGGUCAGCGCGAAGUUGUCUCGUUUCAGGGCGAUGGCGGCGCGGUCACGGCCAUGUCCCACUACACGACCCUUUCAAGCCUUUCUCUCACGGAGGCUGCGAUCCCGACACGCCUCUCGUACAUCUGUCAGCAGUGCGUGCGGUACGUCACAGGCGCCAUGAUGGUGGGUGCGGGGGUUGCUGCCUACUACGCCAUCUUUGUUUGCCGCGGCUACAUUGAAGGUACAAACCUUUUUGAACUGAAUCGGCUGGUUGGCCACGCGUGGAUUGGUCGGACGCUGCUCAUCAUCCGAGGUAUCACGGCGCUUUGGCUGCUCAACACACCGCCCUUGCAGCUCCUGGCAUUUGGCGUCGGUGCUCGCUUUCAAGUGUCGGCGCCAGAAUGGUUUCCGACUCUCCUGGCUUCGUCCGAGCUCACAUGGCUGGUCUACAUCACCAACGACCUCUUCAGCUGUGUCACACGGCAGUACACGCGAUUGUAUGCGUGGAAGAGCUCGGUCGCAGCGUGCUUGGUCGCGGCCGCCUGGUCGUUCAUGGACCCCCGAGAGUACACUGCCUACGUGCGCCGAAGCUGCCGCUACGUCGACAUGGAUGUCUGCACACCGUUCAGAGUCAGCGAGAGACUCUGGCACGCGCCGACGGCACCGAGUAGCGAGUGCAUUUCGUCAGCGUCCAACGCUCUGUUGCCGAGCGACAAAUAUGCAUGA